AUGUUUGAUUCUUCUGAGCUGGAUCGUAUUUGCAACGAGAGAAAUCUCGUUUUCUUUCGCUGGGGAGCUGCUUUCCCUGGGUUGGACUGGAGUCAGAAACCUGAGUUUCACCUGCAACUCAAGAAGCAUGAGCAGAAUUACCCCAUUCAUGAUUUAGAACUUGCUGCAGUUGUGUUUGCCCUUAAAAUUUGGCGACACUACUUGUAUGGUGAAACAUGUCAGAUUUUCACUGAUCAUAAAAGUCUUAAGUAUUUAUUCACUCAGAAGGAACUGAAUAUGAGGCAAAGGCAUUGGUUAGAACUAAUCAAGGAUUAUGAUUAUACUAUUGAGUACCACCUUGGUCGAGCUAAUGUCGUAGUGGAUGCUCUAAGCAGAAAGUCUGUUUGA